GGAUGCGGCUGACGUCACCACACGUUUGUUGUAAACAUGGCGUCCGUGACAACAGCCACCUCAGAGUGGAUUCAGUUUUUUAAGGAUGCAGGGAUCCCAGCCGGCCUCGCUGUCACUUAUGCAGUUUCCUUCGUGGACAAUAGAAUUCAGAAGAACAUGCUGAUGGACCUCAGUAAAGACAUCAUGAUGGAUCUCGGCAUCACGGUCAUUGGCGACAUCAUUGCUAUUCUCAAACAUGCCAAGCAGGUCUACAGGCAGGACAUGUGUAAAAUGGCAACAGAAGCCAUCUCCUCAGGACAGACCAGUGUUCAAGCUGAGCUCAGAAGAACCGCCAAUACUCCCGCUACUCGUAUGAUUGCCAAUGCUUUGAGCCAUGAAUCCCCACCGGCCACCCCAGCCCGUCGACCUGACAACCGCCUGUCUGUCACAGUGUCCAACAUGCAGGGAAACAAGAGUAACAAAGCAGUUGUAAGUCAGCCAGCUGACGAGGGGAACGGUUUGCCAGCAGUGAAGCGCCGGCGAGUGACAGCUGAGAUGGAAGGCAAGUACAUCAUCAACAUGCCAAAGGGCACCACGCCUCGUACACGCCGAAUCCUGGCCCAGCAGGCCAAGAAAGGUUUGAAGCGCACCUCUGUGUUUGCAAGACUUGGAGCUGAAUCAAAGGUAGACACAACAACAAGCAAUAACAAGCCUACCGGUGUGUUCAGUCGCCUCGACACAGGGGAUGAAGGUGAAGACAAACCGAGACCAGGAAACAUGACUGGAAACAUGGACGUAGAUGACGAGGACGACAGUGACGGAGAAGGAUCUGUCCUGCAGUAUGCUGGUGUCCUCAAGAGGCCUCCUCCAUCCCAGAAGAAAGAACUGGCCACGAAAGCAGCCCCGACCACCCUGCGGCGCCUGGGAGGCAAAUUCAAACUACCUCCCUCAGAUACUCCCACUUCCUCCUCUUCUUCCCCAAAUGGCCUUCCUCCUGCCAAGAUUAGUGUUCUUCAGAGACUGGGCAAGCUUCCCAACACAAACACUGUUGUGUCGCCUUCCCCCGCUGACACACAGGACAACAGGGUGACCAGCACCAGACCCAGAGCCCCGGAGAGGUCGACUGUAGCAAACCCUAAGGUCAGCAGCAGCACCGGGGCCGGGGGAGCAGCAGCAGCAGCGGCGGCGGCAGCAGCAGCAGCAGCAGCAGGAGGAGAGUCUGGGGGAGCCCAGAUGGACGUUAGGGCCAUCAGUGUUUUUAAGAGACUGGGCAGCAAGAGAACCUAACACACUCCCCCAAUCAUACAUCAGACUCUUUCAAAACAUUCUUUUAAGAAUUUCUAUCGCCACCUUUUUGCAUUUGUCUUGCUACGUGCAGGACUGCAGAUUAUUAUUAUUAACUUUUUGUUUAGCCUGAGUGUAUGGACACUUCAAAUGCGGCUUUGGAGUUACUGGGAACGGAUGAUGCUGCCAUUGAAAAAUCACCCUCGUCUCGUGUCCAAGCUUUUCAUUUGACGACACGUGUAUUAUGUUGCUCCACCGAGUUAUUUAUCGUGUCUUGAUCAUAUCUGCCAUUUAUUGAGCUUUAGAAAUAUGUAUUUGACUAUAUUUGUGAGCUUAAGGCAUGAGCAUGACGUCAACCAAGCUGCCACGGUGGCGCUUUUAAUUUUACCCCAUAACUCCACAUAUAAGGAUGCUGCUGCCUAAACUUCCCGUUUUGAGAUUUCUCCUGAGUGAAUACACUUGAGCUAUAGGAAGCGUUAACUUCUCCAAGAUGAAUGAUGUGACUAUUUUGUUGAUAUUUGCCUGAAUGUUAAAUAUUUCUUAAAAAACUUCUAAGUAAAAUGUACAGGUUUUUUUUCCCCCUCAUAAGUUAAAUACACAGGACAGCAGUCAGACACAUGACUAGCCAUGAAGUAACAGUUAAGUCUUUCUAUUCUUGUUACCUUCACCUGAAAAUUACCUCCUAUAUCUUGUUUUGAAAGUAGGAAAUUUGUAAAAGUGUUGAUGAAAGGCUCUUGAGCUUUGUUCCUGGACUUGUAAGCAAAAAAAAAAGAAAAACGGAAUUC